GUUUCCCACCCACAAUGCAUCAUUGCAGCAAACACAGCUCGGCCAUGUUUGUACUCUGGUCGUGAAUAGAAAUCCCUGCCGCAUAGAAGCUGUUCCCUUGCUAGUCUCACGUUUUGUACCGUCAAAAUGGUGAAAUACUAAAGAUUACAUGCACCCACCAGUUUUGUAGACAGACUUUAAGCGGGACGCGCCUUGCACCAUGUCAGCCAACGCUCAGGAUUAUGACUUUGAUGAAUAUGACAAACCUGGUGCUGAGCGGUCACGCAGGAGGAGAGGUGAAGAUGACGAUCUAGAGAGUGAUUUGGAAGAAGAUUUGUUGGGGGAGGAUUGGCUGUCAGGGAAGAAGAAUCCCUCAGAAGUGUCAGAUGAAGAGCUGAAUGAUGACCUUCUACAAAGUGAUAAUGAAGAUGUAACUAUGAGUGGUCAGGAAGUGAGCCUCAAUGCCACAUACAGCUUGGGCACAUCCUAUGGCCAGCAGGACAACGCGCAGGAAACAAACUACACAGAUGACGUUGUGAACCUGGGUGAAAAGGGCUGUGAGGGGGGUUACCAGCAAGAGGGGGAAGAGGAAUACACACAGGAAUACAGCCAAGACAACGCAGAGAUGCCUGAAGAUCAAAUGGAUUACACUGGAGAGCUAGCUGAGGGUGACGAUGGCUACCAGGAUGAAGUGCUAGACAUCCAAAUCAAUGAGCCCAUGGAUGGUGAAUUUCAAGAUGAUGAAUACCAAACCUCCUAUGAUGAUGAGCGUCUGGGUGAACAUGGAGUCCAACAGGAGGAGGUCCCCGAGGAUCAGGAGGAGGUAGGGCGAGAAGAGCAGCAGGAAGAGGAGGAGGAAGACACAGCCGAGGGCUCUCAGGUCUUUGACACAGAAGAGGUUGAAAAUGAAGUUGUGCCUGAAGAAGAAACAAAAGAGGAAUCGGACGAGGAGGAUGAGGAAGAUGAGGAGUCUGGACGCAUACGGUUCAAAUCUGAAAGAAAGGAUGGCGCUGUUGUGCGGUUGGCUGAUGCAGGCAGUAACAGAAGAAAUAUUCCUGAAACACUAGAACUGUCAGAGAAGGCCAAGCAAGAUCUGAUGGAGUUUGAAGAACAAGAAAAGCAAAAGAGACAGAACCGAUAUGGAGGCCGAGGCAUGCGAGGAGGAAUGCGAGGAGGCCGAGGAAGAGGAGGCUUCCCACCUUUUGGAAUGGUAGAUUUUAGAGGAGGAAACAGAGGAAGAAUGAUUGACCAGAGGAUCCCCAUGAUGAUGGGCAUGCAGCAGCAAUCCUCCCGAAUGCCUCUUCCUCAUCAGCCUCAUCAGCAGCAACUGCACUCCCAGCAGCACCACCUUUCACGUCCAAGAGGUCCUCCUCCCUUCCAAGACCAUGGGCGCCCACUGGCCCAGCAGGCCCUUCAGCCCCUCAUCCCCCCACACAUGGCUCACCGCUCCCCACCAUUGCGGCCCCAGAUGGAGCCGCCACCACGAAUGAUGAGCUCCCCGCCCCCCAACUUCCCCCAGCAUCACCAGCAGCAGCCUCCACAGUCCAAAAACAUCCACAUUAACCCCCAUUUCAGAGGGCCCACGUCAUCCUCUGUACAAGUGCCCUUGAUGCCUCCUGCUCAGAGCCAACCCAGACCUGCUGUGGGUCCUCAGAGGUUCCCUGGACCGGGAGACUUCCAGCACCACAUUUCUGGUAAUUUUGGCCAGCCCCAGCGGCCCCUUCAUCACAUGGAGCCCUUUAGGAACCAGCUACCGCAAGGCCCCCAAGACAGAGAGCCCCACUUCAUGGGAGAGCGCACUGAGUCAACACGGUUUCCAGGGCAGCACAUGUUUGAUCACCAGGGCCCCAGUCCUCUGAUGAACAGCAGCCACAACCUUCACCAGCAGCAGCUGCCCGGCCAGGGCCACAUGGGCUUCGGCCCACCAGGACCAGCCUUUAACCAACCUGGUCAGGGUCCGCUAGGACUUUUUCCGAGAGAACCCCCAAGACCCAACCUCCCUCCCCACCAAGGUCAUCAGGGGAUGGUCGGCUUGAAUCAACAAGGUGGCCCCCCCAACCAGCCCAGACCCUUCAUGGGCCCUCGUCAGCCGUUUGGCCAGCAGGGGAACCUUUUCCCCCCUCCACAAGUCCAGUUUGGGAUGCAGGUACGACUAAGAGGCUUAAUGCAAUGCCCUCCUGUCUCCCAGCUUCAGCAUCACGACCCAAUGCCAUCCCAUCAGGCCAUGCACCAGCAGCAGCAACAUCAUAGGCAGGAGUUACCCCAUCAUCAGCAGCAACAUCUAAAUGUCAAUGAGCCUCGCCCCAUGAUGCACCAUGGCCAGAAUCCCUUCCAUCAACAGCAGGUGCAUGGUAGCCCCAGGCAGAUGACUCCCCGCCCUCAGAACCCCCAACAGCGCAACAUGUCUAACAACAGGCAGAGGAUGAACACACCUGUCUCCAAGCAAAUGCAGCAGCGCAACAGCAACCUCCGGGAGCUCCCUGUAGCACCUGGCAACACGAACAUGAACAGUGCCCGCCCCGCCGCCAACGUUAGGCCUGUUGCCAAGGCAACACAAGGGGCGCGUCCUGGGCAGAACACUCUGCUGGUGCUUGACGGUGGCAGAGGAAGAGGCCCAUUUGCUGCCAAGAUGGAAUCGCAGCCUGGGGGAGCAGGCAGGACAGUGGUUCGCAAGGAAAUCCCGAGCACACCGUCCAACAUGGCACCACAGGACCCUAAUGAGGAUGAGGAGACACGGCAGUACCGUCUGAAGAUUGAGGAGCAGAAGCGUCUGAGAGAGGAGAUCCUGAAGAGAAAGGAGAUGCGACGGCAGAUGCAGGCUGGCGUCAGAAAGAAGGAGUUGCUGGAUAGGCUCAAUGCCCAGACUCCGACCCAAGGCCCAGCUCCUUCACAGAUUCAACCCUCACAACAACAUCAGCAAAUGCCAUACCCUGUACUACAACAACAACAUCAUCAUCAACAACAACACCAACCACAACCACAGCAGCAACAACGGGAACAAAAACCGCAGCAACAACUACAUCCACAACAGCAGAGACAGAUGCCUCCGAGAACACAACAAUCAUUUAAUCAAACAUUUAAGAUUCCUAUUCAAUCCACCCCUAUCCCUCCCAACGGAAAUCCUCAGAUCCUUACACCACGUCCCAAUGUCAAGACACGCCUGCAGAUGGUAAAAGGUAGCGUCCAGCUGCAACAGACCCCUGGGCCUGUUCCAGACCAGCAAUGGAAACCGCCUCAACAAAAUCAGCUGCAGCUGCAACAACAGCGAAGGAACAGUGCUGUGCUGAACGUAAACAGGUCUGGUACUCAGAUCCAGUCCAAUCAGGUGAAGAACAUACCUGUAACUCCCUCUUUGGGCCCUGGUCAGACUCAGGCUCCAACUCCAACUCCAACUCAAGGACCUAAACCUGGGGCUAAAAGGACUGUGAUGCAGCGCGCCAAGAAUCCUAGUUUCGAAGACCAGCAGGUGCCCCAAAAAGUCAGAGUCGUCAAACUUUCAGGAGCGAGUGGAAAAGGGCCAGUGGCAGCCGGUAGCCCCGUGCAGCAACAAGGCACCUGGUCGCCACCCCCGCUCAACCAGGCCGUGCAAAGGAAGGUUACCAUGACAGGGCAGCAGCAAGAGGGAGCAGGCGGAACACCACAGGCUGGCCUAGGGGUCAUGGGCAGCCCACAGCAAAACAGGGUUGUCGUGUCGGGCCGGGGCCGAGGUAGAGGGGGUGGUCCGAUGGGUCGAGGUCGUCCAAUGGCCACCAGACAGAGCCCAAGAGGAGACGAGAGUGAAUGCUGUACCGUGUCCAUAGAGGGCCUCUCCUCAUCCACAACUGACGCUCAACUGCAGAAUCUUCUCAGGUCCAUCGGACCCAUAGAGAUGUUCAAAAUGAUGCCCCAGCAGAGGAAAGCAGUCGCCACAUUUUCCAGUUCCCAGCAUGCAGCAAGUUUUCAAAUGAGCUUCCAUAGGCACAUGAUUGAUUUGUCCCACAUUGAUGUGUCGCUGAUUGAUGGAUGAGGAGCGCACUAGAGGGAGCCCUGUUACAAGAAGUCACUUUCUCCCAACGUGGGAGCUUCUCGUGCUCAGCUCCAACCUGGCAUAGGAAUAUUUCUUCAGCCCUUUGGGGUGACACAGUCCACGUCUCGGCACAGAAGCGUCAUUCAUCGAUCAACUUUGGGACAGUGAACAUAAGGUCCUUAACUGCGAGCAUGCCAUUGUAUAAAUGUGUCUACCAAUCGUCCACUGUUGUAAAAUGGCACUGGAGAGACCCUGGACUGUUCAUCCUACUUUGAUGUAGUUUGUGAAGAAUGUUUUGUGCAUCUUACACGGGACACUAAGUAGAACGUAUCACGGGAUAAUGGUUGCUCCCCUCCUCAGUUAGAUUCACUGUUAAAACUAAACAAAAACCUAAACUUUGUCAUUCUCAUAUGACCACUUCAUAGUAGUUUUUUUAUUAUUAUUUGCGGCUCACUGUUUGGUUCGGUGCAGGAAGUGGUUGUGGCAGACUGUGGCCCGCCUAUUCACAUGGCAGUGUGUCUCCCCCUCUGUAGAUGGCAGUGUUUCAUCAGUUAUGGGGCUUCAUUUUUUCCAACUCGAGCCCGCUUUCAGGUAGAAAUGUGUCUCAAAGCAGUUUUUUUUUUGAGUAAAUGGCGCCAUCUAGUGGAGAACUCGUAUACAGGCACAGAGGUGGAGGAUUUCACAUUUGACACAGAGCAGUGACUGGAAACAAAUUGGCAUUUGAAAAUGAAAAUGUUCUUUCUAAAUUCCCAAUGGUUUUAGGAAUUGUAAAUGUUGUGAUUUCUGUGCAUAUUUUGUGGUGUUUUUUAGUUUCAGUGCUGCUUCUGGGACAGAUAGUGCAGACCCUCUCUAGAUCAGUUUGGUCAUUUGGCUUUGCUCCUUGUUCUAAUCGUUAUUAGAUAUUUUAACUGUUACCUGGAAUCAAUUUUGGAAUAACCUUCCAUGGCUUUUGGAUGUCUAUUUUUAGUUGUAUUUCUGAUUAUGGAGUAGUUGGAUUUAAGUUAAGUCGAGUGUGCUUUGAGGAAAUGGAUAUGCAGGCUUUUUUGGGGGGGGAUUUCUAUAAUUACACAUUUAAUGUAUUGUUUUUGGAGAUUUGAUAUUCGUCAUUUCUCCUCCGGAUACAUUUCUGUACAUUUUUGUCGGGCUAUACACGAGACUUCCUCUGUUCUGGUAUAAUUGAUCCGAUUCUGCGGGACUAUCUUUAAAUAAUUUGGUGCCUUAUCACUGAGCUGCAUGGUGUAUCUUGGAAUAGCACUUUGAGCGGUUUGCCUUCACACGGAGCAGAUGUUUUGGCAGUAUAGCAGAAACGUACAACUAAUUUACCCCCAUCAUUUGCCCCAUGAAUUGAAUUCCUGCCCCAAAAAAUGUAAUUAGCCUUAUUCUAAUUAAAACAUUCAUAAUCAUAUUGAUAUCAUCCUCCUGCAUAAAGAUACAUUUCUUCAUGAGAAAUUGUAAGUAACAUUUGAGCGAUCUCUAAUGCGUUUUUAUUUUCUCUGAGCAUGGCCCCUUGUUUGGGGAGUGCUGCCACAUCCUUACUGUUUGAUAAUCUCCGUGUCUGGCUCUGUUGAAUUUCACGGGACAUCAUUUUUAGACUAGAUAUAGCGAGUUAGGCUCAUUUACUUUUUCCAUAAUUGACUUUUUUUCUUCAUCAUCACACGACACAUUUAGUCUUUUCCGGGUUUAAAGUUCGCCAAGUUCUUUUUAAAUAUUUAGGCAUUGUUACCCGUGUUUACUGUCGAAGUUCAGAAGCGGAUCUCGUGUACAUUAUUCACAGGAAUGUGACAAAAGGAAGCCGAGGGGGGGCAACCAUUAUCUCCGCUGUGAUCAUGUACAGAAGUAGAGCAGAACUUUCUCUCGAUAUUUAUCCUGUUGAAUUUUUUUUAGUUAUUCUUUCCUUAUGUUGUAUCAAGUUAAACAUUUUUAUAUGUAAGGAUAUGCUGAUGGGUCCAGACAUAAAUCAUUUUACUAGUGUUUUGUUUCCUAAAAUGAAGAAUGACUGGACCACAUUUCUGUUGAUGAUAAGACAUUUGAAAAAGUGUUUACGGGAAAAUAAAAACAUGGCCAAUAUACCGUGAACAUGCAGGUAUGUGAAGCCGGUUAAACUGUAGCCCAAAGAUGUGUGGUUGUGUGUGAUGUCCGGCGCCUUUACGGUGAAUCCUCCUUCUUAUUUUUGCUGCAUUUUAUUCAUUUAUACUAAACGUAUUCUGUAAGUUCAACUUUAAACAUCACAUAUACUUUAAAAAAAACAACAACAAAAAAAUUUUAACGCCAAGAAAUACUACCUCGUAUAGAUUUAGGGGGAUGCCACUGAAUGAUUUGCUUCAUAGCCAGAAACACAAGUUUGUCCUUCCCAUUUAACUGUGAUGUCAUACUAAUGUUCAGCUCCCUACAGCCCCCCCGGCGUCCUAGAAGCAACGCAAACCGUAGCGUCAUUUUAAACUUCCACUGGAUUUGACGAGUACAAAGAUCAUUUGGAGGGUUAACAUUUCGACAUUCUGUCUUUUUUAGUUGCUGUUGAUAAAUCAACUCCUGGCCGUGCAUCGGGAUGACAUCACAGAUUAAGUAAUUGGUUCUCUGGUUUAAAGACUUCACAAAGUUACCUAUUGGCCUCCGUCCUUGACUUGCAUGUGUGAAUCAAAUUCAUAAAUUUAGUGGUAUUUCCCUUAAAUGAAGAAUUACUUGAAAUAACCACAAGGUUAUAAAAAAAAACUAAGCUGCACACGUGUGAUUCUCAACAUGCCUGAAGUAUUAGAAGUGUUGGGACUGAAAAUGUCUAAACUCCUAAACUUGAAGUUCCACGGUUUUAAGUCUUUUUUUCUACGUUGUACAGUUGUUCUAAACUGACUUCUUUUUAUGUUUUAUUCCUUUUUGUUUUGUGUUGAACUGAUGUAGAGGUUUGUGUUCCCUAACGAUGUGUAUUUAAUGUCUUUCAUGUUGUGGGUUACACUUGACUUCUUUUAGUGUUGUGUAAAUCCUAUGGAUUUGAAAAAGUACCGGCAAUGCCAGUAAUAAGUAUAUGGCUACAAGACGUCUGGCCUUGUAAUGACAGAGCAGAUUCAUAUUGAAUCUUUUUGUACCUUAAUUUUAAGAAUUCCGUACAUCUAUGUACCUUUUUGAACUUUUAGACAUUGUUCUAUUUCUCAUAGUAAUUUCCUUGAGGAAAAUGGUGCUCGACUACAUCCUGAUUUACAGCCGGCUGGUUACGGCAUUUAAUAUCUGACCAAGAAAGGCUCCUCUAUGACAUGUCUUUGGGUCUUAUGCUUGCGUAAGCCUACACUAUGGCUGCUCGUAUCACGAUGACUAGCUUCGGGUCAGAUACGCACGGUCUGAGUUGGGUUCUUCGACACUAACGUACAGCUUUUUUCCUUUAGGUCCAUUCGUGGGUUCCAGGGUGCUGAUGUUUCGCAGACCGGCUGAACUAACUAUUUAAUUCUUUCUUUUUCUUCAGGUCACGUCCACUUCGACAGAGCUAGAAGCCAAAUUAAAAGACCAUACCAAAGGUUUAGCAUGUUCUAGCAAAUCAACAAGUUGGGUUCUAAAUGGGUUAUGGGUUAUAUACAAAUGACAACUUAAAGGCAAGCUGGUCAUACUGGCACUGUGUGCAUAUCAGCUCGCUUAAAACUAGCAAUCAUCACAUUCAACUAUUAAUUGGCUUUACUUUAUGUUGUUGUUGCAUGAUGAGGCAGAUGAUGUUGUUGGUUCCUUGAGGUGCUCAUGCGAAGCUCCAACAUCUGAUAUUUGAGUUGAGGUAGUUUAUCGUUCGUCCCUCUCAUGUAAUGAUUCACAAGGUUAACUUUUAAAAACCCAGCUGGUCAUUUGAAACCACUUGCUACUUUAUUUCUCAAAGGCUUUCUAUCCUGCUGGUGUGGAAACUAAUUCAUUUGCUGAAUGUUGUUACACAAGUGAAAGUUUUUCAUCUGGUUUUUUUUUUUUUAAGUCGAAAUUCCUCAAAGUCUACAACAUGUCAUGUCUUUGUUUGGUUCAACAAAUAGCUGCAACUUGUUUAUUUAAGUUUAUAAUACGCCAGAUGCAUAGUUUUUUGUACCAGCAGAAAGUGUUGUUUGUGUAUGUGCCUUGUAUUUAUCUAUGAGUUGCUCAAAUUGAACCAUUAGUGCAUUUAAAAAUAUAUAUUUAUUACAUGAGAGGUACAAACCAGUUGAGCAAAAGCAUUCAAAACCAUUGGUAUGGUCCAAACACGUGUGCUGUUCUGGUGUGAGGGUGUAGCUUUGUUUUGGAGGGCACUGUAGGGAAACGCCACAUCACCAAAAACACAAUGAGCUCUCGUGUUAACAGUCAUUUCUCAACAGCGUACUGGUGAGAGGAGCCAUUGACCAGCUGUAGCCAUGAUACUGCUAUGUCACUUUUCCUGCCUUAACUCACUCACUUAACACUUUAGCUUCUUUUACAGCCACGCAGUGUCCGGCUUAGGAAUGAAGAUUUUUUUCAUCAUUCAUUUGCCCCCCCCCCCCCCCCCCCCGUAAAAGAUUUCUUUCCAUUACAGCUUUUCCUGCCACCGCUGUUCUUCCAACUCGCAUAUAUUUGACAGUUGCUCAUCUUUUCCUUGAUGCUGCCAUUGUUGAAUGAACUUUAAGACUUCUGUAUCAAGCAGGGUGGCCUACCUGGAUUACCAUUGUUUGUUAGCCCAGUGGAUGGAGGUUUCCAUCUCUGUGACGACAGCCGGGUUCACAGAGCAGACACGUAACUCUAAAGCCGCUUUAUGGCUUUCACUGCACCAAAGGUCAUCCCAACUUCUUGACAUGCAUUGUUUGGUUGGAUUUUUGACAAAGACACUACAGUUGGUUUCCUCAUCCCCGAACAAUAUGGUGCACCGAAUAAUGACUGAAAAAUCCAACCUCAGAGUUUUCACAGGAACUGUUGACAACCCAUCCUGUCGUGCGUGUUCACAAUUUUGAUGUGUGACAUGAAGUAAUCGUGUUUUGUGUUGGAAAAGUCCUGUUCUGAUACUGUAAAUGUGAAAUGUGUGAGUUUCUAAAGAGAUUGGAUGGUUUUUUUAAAAAGAAAAGGAAUCUUAAAGAGAUGGAAUGUGUUCAAUUUGAUACUCAACACUGGAGAAAAAUAAAUGUUUUGAUACACACAGCAA